AUGACUAUAUUGUAUUUCUUUGAGGGCACAUCAUUUUGCCCUGAAGGAUUCGAGAAAGACGCCGGUCUCCGGACAAAUACCAUUAAACUCCUUAUUAUGAGUGAUAUCGCAUACUUUCAGGCCGUCCAGACCGUCCAGGCUGUCCCGCCAAUAUGA